AUGCGACGGUUAGCGCCGUUUGGCCACCAUCCACUCGGGACAAGUCGUUUGGGAGGAACGACUGACACCAGCCGGCUGCCUUGUGAACAACCACAUCUCCCUCCCUCCUAUUUGCCUCGGACUUGCUAUCUCGCUGUCUUCUCUGACUCAUACUCAUGUCUUUCAAACCUAACUCAUAUACGUCCACGACUGAAUUUAGAGACUCAUUACCCUUGGAAUAACUGCCUUCCUACUUUGGCUUCCCCGCAAUCCGCCGCUGGGUACCAACUACCUACAAAGCUCAACCUCAAAGCUACAGCUCCGAAAAGGUUGUUGUAA